AGGGGGAGGGACAAAGUCAACUCUACCACGCGCGCCUCUCCGUUUGCUGAAGCACAACUCACAACCGGGAUCCACAAACAAGCUCUUCACGAUUUUUCUUAACUCUUUCAAGAAUUUGUACCUUUUCCGGGGGAGACGAACUCCUUACACUGCGACGCUCGAUGCAUUCUGCUGGCAGAGUCACUUUCACUCUUUUUGUUAUUGUCAUAGUAACGCAAGAUUGUUUCUCAUCUAAGGGAGAAGACAGGCUGUUUCGUCGCUUAUUCAGAAGGUAUAACCAGUUCAUUCGGCCGGUGGAAAAUGUUUCCGAUCCUGUCACUGUGGAAUUUGAGGUCUCCAUCUCGCAGCUUGUUAAAGUGGAUGAAGUCAAUCAGAUCAUGGAGACCAAUUUAUGGCUACGACAUAUAUGGAAUGAUUACAAGCUGAAGUGGUCACCACCUGAAUUCGAUGGAAUUGAGUUCAUCAGAGUCCCAUCAAAUAAAAUCUGGAGGCCAGACAUUGUACUUUACAACAAUGCUGUUGGAGAUUUCUUAGUGGAAGACAAAACAAAAGCCCUUUUGAAGUUUGAUGGAACCAUCACUUGGGUCCCUCCGGCAAUCUUUAAAUCAUCCUGCCCUAUGGAUAUCACAUACUUCCCGUUUGACUAUCAGAACUGCUCUAUGAAGUUCGGUUCCUGGACUUACGACAAGGCCAAGAUUGACCUGGUGCUCAUUGGCUCAAAGGUCAACCUGAAAGACUUCUGGGAGAGUGGAGAGUGGGAGAUCAUAGAUGCACCCGGUUAUAAACAUGACAUCAAGUACAACUGCUGCGAGGAGAUCUACCCAGACAUAACCUACAGCUUCUACAUUCGCAGAUUGCCCCUUUUCUACACCAUUAACCUUAUCAUCCCCUGCCUCCUCAUCUCAUUCCUGACCGUGCUCGUCUUCUACCUUCCAUCAGACUGUGGCGAGAAAGUGACGUUGUGCAUAUCUGUGCUGCUGUCUCUUACUGUGUUUCUCCUUGUCAUUACGGAAACCAUUCCAUCGACCUCGCUUGUGAUCCCUUUGAUUGGCGAGUACCUUCUCUUCACCAUGAUUUUCGUUACUCUCUCUAUCGUCAUCACCGUCUUUGUGCUAAACGUCCACUAUCGCACCCCAAUGACUCACACCAUGCCCGUCUGGGUCCGAUCCGUCUUCCUUCAUGCUUUACCACGUAUAAUGUUUAUGCGCCGGCCUCUUGACCUAUCAGAGUUUUCUGGAAAAGGAGGACUAGAAAGUGGGGGCACAACUGGGAGUGGAACAGGAAAAGAUGGAAAGAAGAGGAAAAAUAGUGGAUCCCAACAGGGAGCGAUGAACUCUUUGGAGUUUGGAGAGGGAAAAGCUGCAAUAGAGGGAAAGAAAGGAGGAUGUCCAUGUCACCCAAUGAAAGAGGCACCCGAGGGGGAUUGUGGGAAAGUGAGCCGUCAGUUGAGCCCGCAGGCCAUUAACACAGUUGUGGCUUUUUCCGUGGUGUCACCAGAGAUCAAACAGGCUAUUGAGAGUGUGAAAUACAUCGCUGAAAACAUGAGGAGCCGCAACAAAGCAAAAGAGGUGGAGGAUGAUUGGAAGUAUGUUGCCAUGGUGAUUGACCGCAUCUUCCUUUGGGUCUUUGUGCUGGUGUGUGUGCUUGGAACCAUGGGUCUUUUCCUGCAACCUCUCAUUGGCUUUUUCUCUUAAUUGUCAAAGACACUCGAGCUGCAAUCAAUUAGAGGCACUGAAUAUCUGUUGUAACAGUCA